AACUCAAUAAGGACAAACAAGAUACAUCCAAAAUUACACAUCAAAUAAUAUAUUAUAUUUUUUUUUUAAUGUAUGACUCAAAUCUAAGAAUAGGUUUCAACUAUAAAUACAUCUUCACUGCCAAAUCAUAUAUCUCUUCACUACUCAAUGGAAUCAAGUUCAUCAUCAAUUAGUCAAGUACCAGCCAAUGAAAGAUCUGUAAAUUGUAGCAUUGCUCCUUUAAUGACAUCCGAGCCUAAUAGACCAUUCUUCAUAGCUGUCUGCACUGAUAUCAUUUGCGAAAUAGAUCCCCUUUUUGUUGCUGAACACUACGACGAACUAAUAGACAUCUGGAGCUUGCAAGAUGGUUAUGGAAAUAGUCAUCAAGUUCAAUUUAACAAAUUGAUGCUUAUGCCAAUGCUUACGGAAGGUUGGCACCAAUUCAGAUUUUUUUAUCAUAUAACUUCAAAUCCACUUAUGUCUUUCACAUAUUUGGGUAAUAGUACAUUCCAAAUCAAAAUCUUCAAUGGUUCUACACCAAAAAAUGAAUAUCCACGAUAUCAUAGACAUACUACUUCCUGUCUUAAAGAUCUCACAUUUGAUGUAGACAUGCCAGACAAAGAUCCAAUUAGUUCAAAAUUGAUUCUACCAACAAACCUUGGAAAUUUCCUUCAACUUAUAAAUCAUGAGUACUUAAGACUGUGUGGCACCUCUAACACUAUCACUGUUUGCAAACUGAUAUUCAAAAAAGAAACGAUAAAUCAAGGACCAACUGUCAUAAUUGGACGUGGAUGGAAAGCCUUCUGCUUGACCAAUCGAAUUUAUCCAGAAAGCCUUCUGAAAUUUAAAUGUGACUCAAUCAUGGCCAAAAACAUCGUUUCCGUUAUGAAAGUAUCUAGACGUUAUUAA